UGAUUAAAAGUAAAUGAAAGCCAUUUGAAUACAUAAUUGAGAAAUGGGAAGUGAGGAAGGAGAAAGCUCGUGCGCGUCGCCAUGGCUGAAAAUCUCGGAGGAGGUUGACCCUGCAGCUGCCUCCGCGGUCUUGCGCUUAGUUGAUCAAAUGGGAGCUUCCACCUCCGUUCCCCCUAAGUGGGACGCGCGUGGCACCUACGACCCUUUCUUUCGGAACUUCAUCACAAUCCUUCAUAUCCAACCAGGACGAAUUUCUAUCUCCGUUCACGCCAAACCACCCAUCUGUAAUGCCUAUGGAACUCUGCAUGGAGGUUCUGUUGGGACUUUGAGUGAGAUUCUGUCAACUGCUUGUGCUAGAACGGUAGUUGCUGAGGACAAGGAACUUUUUCUUGGGGAAAUUAGCAUUUCUUACAUGUCUGCCACUCCGGUAAAUGAAGAAGUGUUAGCAAAUGCCUCCAUAGUGAAGUCCGGCAGAAAUUUGACUGUAGUCGCAGCUGAGUUCAAAUUGAAGAAAUCUGGGAAUAUGGCCUAUAGUACUCGUGCUACCUUCUAUAACAUGCCUCUUUCCAGUUUAUGAAUAAUUUGGAUUGAGUUUAAACCCAAUAAAAGUAUAAUAUAUUAAUUUAGA